AAGCCGUAUAGGAAGAGAAGCACAGCCGUGGGUGCCCGCAACGAUGAAAGGUUCGCCACGCUUGCGAGAACCGCAGAUAAGCCAUCGGACUAUGUCCUGAAUAGCGGUUUACAUAGCUGGGAUUGUGUACCGAUCAUACGAGCCGCCAAGCAGGGGUAAAAUAUGUCCGCCUCGGUGGGGCCCCGCGGCGGCCCUCGCCCACCCACCAAGAAAAGCUCAAUUUCCGAGUUCCCGGACCUCAGUCACCUUACCGAGGAGGAGAGGGAAAUUAUCAUGGCUGUGAUGGCCCGGCAAAAGGAGGAAGAGGCGAAGGAUGAGGCCAUGUUAAAAGAGGAGAUGCCCAUACAAGCAAAAACUGUAAAUUUGGUCGGGAACAAGAAACCGCCUCAGCAGAAUGACAUCAGUUUGCACCAGCAGUUUGCCACCUACAAAGAGCAGGUGAGGCAGAUUGGGCAGGAGCCCCAGCAGAGGCAGCCGAGCCAACACAAGGAUGACGCCCCCACCUGUGGCAUCUGCCACAAGACCAAGUUUGCUAAUGGCUGCGGUAACCUGUGCUCCUACUGCCAGACGAAGUUCUGUGCCCGGUGCGGGGGAAGAGUCUCUCUGCGUUCCAAUAAUAAGGAGGACAAAGUGGUAAUGUGGGUAUGUAACCAGUGCCGACGGCAACAGGAUAUGCUCACUAAAUCAGGAGAUUGGUUUUCCAGCCAAGGGCCCAAGCCUGGAGAGCUGGGGUCAGCGGUAAGUGAACCAGCCAUGUGUGGAGACCCAGCUGGGGUGAAGAAGGUGCGCUCUCGGUCUCAGAACCCCCUCGGCUCUUCCGUUUCCACUGCCCAUGACACCCAACGUCCUGCCCCGACGGACCCCAGCAAACGCCACUCUACUGGAGCGACCGAUACAUCACGCUCACGCAGUGAGCCUCCACAAGAUAGAAAAAAGCCACCAGCACCCUCUGACCAGAACGGCAAGUCAGGUCCAAGAGGUGAAAGGCGGCGAGGCCUAUCCAAACUUCAAUCCCAGGCCUCCGAAGACAGGGAUCCUGGAGAAAACCGAAGGGAAAGUCGGAGACUGGUAAAGGCCCGAUCUCAGGAGCACGGUGAUGCUGACAAGGGAAGGGCUGAGCCCAGGAGAACUGAAGGGGAACAGAGGACGCCCAGGGAAAAAUGCAGGAGUGACCCAAAUGCUCUAAAUCACCCGUCUAAGCUCCGACCGGCGGAGUCUGAAGGACGUCUUCAGCCUAAGGCAAGGGAAGCAGGGGAGAUGGGGCAGGAGAACAGGGGUGCACGAAAAUGGUCGGAUGGGCGCCAGGCCUCGCUGGAUAGCCAGCAACAGGCCUACGUGCCAGAGAGGACCGUGGGGGGUAUAGGUAUGCAGGGCACACCUGCCGUGCAGGGUCCUCCCUCUAAAAUGAACCACACCCCUCAGCCGCCUGCUCCGGGCUUCCGGGUUGGCCCUGCCAUGCCUGCCUGUCCGCCAGAGCUCAGGGAGCCCCAGGAAUGGGACAGAAAGUUGCAGCCGAGUCACUUGGACCCCGGCUCGGCUGCGCUGUUGCGCAAAUCGAAGCGGCAGAAAGCCGAGAGCAUGCUGCGCAAUGAUUCACUCAGCUCAGACCAAUCAGAGUCUCUACGACCACCCCCGCCCCGCCCCUACAAGAGCAAACGGGGCGGUAACAAGAGGCAAAUGUCCGUCAGCAGCUCAGAGGAAGAAGGCGGUUCCACGCCAGAGUACACCAGCUGUGAGGAUGUGGAGAUUGAGAGCAUAAGCGAGCGAGGGGGCUCAGGCGACUGGGAGUGCUGUCCACUGGACCCCACCCACUGGCAUCAUCCGGUUACAUGGCAGCCCUCCAAGGAAGGUGAUCAUUUAAUUGGCCGAAUCACGUUGAGCAAGAGGACGGCCAUGCCAAAAGAGGCUGGGGCUAUGCUAGGGCUAAAGGUGGUGGGAGGAAAGAUUACAGAAACUGGGAGACUUGGGGCCUUCAUCACCAAAGUCAAAAAAGGAAGUCUUGCUGAUGUGGUUGGACAUCUACGUUCUGGUGAUGAGGUGCUUCAAUGGAAUGGUAAAACAUUACCGGGAUUGACCAAGAAAGAAGUUUACAAUAUCAUUCUGGAUUCCCAAACAGAACCACAAGUCGAAUUAAUAGUUUCAAGGCCAAUUGGUGAUAUACCACGAAUACCAGAAACAUCACAUCCUCCAUUAGAAUCUACAGGUUCAAGUUCCUUCGAGUCACAGAAGAUGGAAAGACCUUCUAUAUCUGUCCUGUCCCCAUCCAGUCCAAGAGGGCUUAGAGAUGCCCCUCAGCUACUGCCUGGACAGUUAUCGGUGAAAAUGUGGUAUGAUAAGGUAGGCCAUCAGCUGAUAGUGAACGUACUACAGGCCAUAGACCUGCAGCCCAGACAGGAUGGACGUCCCAGAAACCCCUACGUUAAAAUGUACUUCCUGCCUGAUAGAAGUGAUAAAAGCAAAAGACGGACAAAAACAGUGAAGAAAAGUCUGGAGCCCAAGUGGAACCAGACGUUUGUGUAUUCUCACGUGCACCGGCGAGAUUUCAGGGAGCACAUGUUGGAGAUCACUGUGUGGGACCAACCCAGAACUCUGGAGGAGGAGAGCGACUUUCUAGGAGAAAUCUUGAUAGAGCUGGAGACUGCCCUACUGGAUGAUAAACCUCACUGGUACAAGCUGCAGACCCAUGAUGUCUCUUCCAUCCCUCUUCCACGCCCCUCGCCAUACCUGCCCCGCCGACACACCCACACGGACACGCCCACCAAAAAGCUGCAGCCUAUGGAGAACCGAUCAAGAGAGAGAGACAGAGAGAGGGAUCGAGCAACAACGUUAGAGGUUCCUGAGCAGCAGAGACCGACCCAGUAUCGCUCACGGUCAGUGUCCCCACACAGAGAGGAAGAGAGCAGGGCACGGUCCCGCCCACCUAACGUCCCCGCACAGAGGAGUCUGGAUGAGGUCCAGCACAGCCGUAGAUCACGAUCCCCAACACGCUACCAUGAUCGUGCCCGUGUGCAGGAGAGAGAUUAUGUAGAUGACAGUGAGGUCAUCUUGAUACACAGAUCAGGGCGGGGUAGAAGCGCAGAGUGUCUGCACACCCAAAGGAGUCCAUCUAAGUACAGCAGCACACUUCCACCUAAGAUGCCUUUAUUAGUCAAUGGAAUUCAUAAGAAUAUUUACAGCUCAACACUACCUGCAUGCCUUAAGUCAAAACCACGGCUGUCUGUAGUCACUGCUACUCAACGUUCGGUCACGCAAGUUUUUAAGUUCACAGACAAGAUCAAUUUUAGGGAUCUACAGCCCUCUCUUGACAGGGUUAGAAGUGCUAGUACCAACUGUCUGAGACCAGAAUCUAAUUCCAAUUCACCCGAACGUGACAGGAGCACGCAGUCUCUGCCCCGUACCAGACCCACCAGCCCCAGGAUCCUUAUUCAGCAUGCCUCCCCAGAAGAUGACAGCUGGGUUUUGGAGGCUAUGUUUCCCGCUCAGGAGACUGUGCACCACCUCAGUGCAAAGCCAGACGCACAGAGGCAGUCGAGAACUCUGGACAAGCCGAGCUGUCAGAAUCUUGGCAAGAAAAUAUCUGACAGUGAGCGGGUGCAACCACACUCUGGCUCCUCAUUUUCCUCUUCAGCAGCGGCUUCAUCUUCCUCACGCAAGGUCAGACAGUUACCCCAAGUCCCCGCCAAAAGCAGCAAUGUAGAGCAAGCUCUUGCCUCAGAGGAGCGAACGCGGCAAAUGAAAGUACGCACCUUCCGACCACCAGCUCCCUCCAGUACCAGCCAGGACAUGGAGAGGAUGCUGAAGAACAAACGAGAGCUUUAUAAGGAGCAGCGACGGAGCAGUGACAAUGUGUCCCAUAAGUCCUCAGACAGUGACGUCAGCGACGUGUCAGCCAUCUCUCGCGCCAGCAGUGCCUCGCGGAUCAGUAGCACCAGCUACAUGUCCAUUCAAUCAGAACGGCCAAGAGGUCGCUUCAGCCGUCACAUUCAUACGUCCAGCCGCAGCAUGCUGAAGAGUGCAAGCGGGGAGAUCUACUCUCUGGAGCGCACGGAUGGCAGCCAGUCAGACACGGCCCUCGGAACACUGGGAGCAGAAGGAAAAAAGCGCAGAUCCAGCCUUAGUGCCCGUGUAGUCGCCAUUGUGGGCAUUCCCUCUCGCCGCAGCAGGAGCACCUCUCAGCUCAGUCAGACAGAAGCCGCCAACAAGAAAGCAAAGGGAUCCAGUCAGAUCCAGCGCAGUCAGGAGACGGGUAUGGCAGUGGAGUAUCCCCGCAACAUCAUGGCCCGCCAAGCCAGCCGAGAGUCCACCGACGGCAGCAUGAACAGUUACAGCUCUGAGGGCAAUUUGAUCUUCUCAGGGAUGAGGUUGGGGGCCGACAGCCAGUUCAGCGACUUCUUAGAUGGUCUUGGUCCUGCUCAGUUAGUGGGUAGGCAAACACUUGCAACACCUGCUAUGGGUGAUGUUCAGAUUGGACUGAUGGAUAAAAAAGGGAAGCUGGAGGUAGAGGUUAUCAGGGCCCGUGGUCUUACACCUAAACCAGGUUCCAAAUCGCUGCCGGCUCCCUACGUCAAGGUCUACUUGCUGGAAAAUGGUGUGUGCAAAGCCAAAAAGAAAACCAAGAUUGCACGUAAAACGCUGGAUCCUCUCUAUCAACAAGCGCUGCUGUUCGAGGAAAGUCCGCAGGGUAAAGUUCUCCAGAUCAUAGUCUGGGGAGAUUAUGGCCGUAUGGACCACAAAUGUUUCAUGGGAGUUGCACAGAUUCUUUUAGCAGAGCUGGAUCUAUCUAGCACGGUGAUUGGUUGGUACAAACUGUUCCCCCCCUCAUCACUGGUCGACCCGACAUUAGCUCCUCUCACUCGUCGCGCUUCCCAAACAUCGCUGGACUCUUCUGUGCCACCAGGCGUCAGGUCCUAGUAAACAGAUGAGGUCGCAACGCAGAACACGACCCAGCGGACCAAGGACAAGAGGCAACAAUCAGAAGCAGAGUGGCAGAUACAGAGACAUAUGGAUAGAAAUCACGAUCAAAGCUUUGCUGAAGCCUGACAAUCACUUAUCUCUUUUCCUUUUGAUCUUUGGGUUGUAGAGAUUUCCUUUUGUCCACUCUGCUCCUUACUGCAUGUUGUGUUGCUGAGACGAUGGUGACGAUUCAACCCAAAUAAAAGAGAGCAGCAAGAAUUAGGAUGGUGCUGGUACCCUAGAUGGCUCUGGUCAGUCAGCGCAUUCGUUUUCUAUCUGUGUACAGAGUGAAGGCAAAAACUCAAACUGGUUUAGCUUGGUCUUCCAGCAUGAUAACAGAUCAGACUCAGAGACCAAGUGAUAGUUCACCCAAAAAUAAAAAUUCUGUCAUCAUUUACUCACCCUCUUGUCAUUUCACACUUGUAUGACUUUCUUUCUUCUCCAGAACAUAAAAGAAGAUAUGUUGAAGAAUGUUGUCAACUUGCCCCCAUUCACUUGCAUUGGUUUUGUGUACAUACAAUAGAAGUCAAUGGGUACCAUCAGUUUUCAGUUACCAACAUUUUUCAAAAUAUCUCCUCUGGUGUUCUGUGAAAAAAGAAAGUUGUAAACGGUUUGAAAUGAAAAGAUGAUGACAGAAUUUUCAUAUUUGGGUGAACAAUUACUUUAAAACCAGCAAACCCAUUUAUGCUGGUAUAUGAUGCUUUUUUAAAGCAGGGACAGCACUGCCCCUCCUCUAUGUUGCACUUACAGGAAGUCACUCCACUGAGAGAGACCAGAAGUCAAGGUAUAAAGGUCAAGAAAUAGUCUUCUUUGAGAGUUUUCUCUCGACAUUGUGGAUGCUGCGUCCGAGACCCCACCUUGUGCCGAUCGGGCAUGAACUCAGAUUGUGUGAGUGUGUGUGAGAGAGUGCGCGUGUUUGUGUCUAGGAAGGCAGGGACGCCUGAAAACCUUUUAAGUCUGUUUACAGUAGUCGGCACCGACUGCUUUGCCUUUUCACUUUACUGUUGGUAAAUAGGCACACUUUGUAGAAUGUGAAAACAUGAUUCAUGUUUUCUGACAUGUGUGUCAUACGAGCUUCAUGGAAAACACAAACCACUUGUAUUUGAACACCGGAACUGUACGACGUUGCCACUAUUGUUUCCUUUCUUUUCAGCCCUAACAGGAAAUGCAUUCAUUCACUAACACGUUUGACUUCUUGGAGUUCUUGCCAUCACGAAACACAUCACUGGCAUUUGACAGCGUUCUUCUUUUCGAUUCUGCUGGACCUGUACAUACCGAUAUUAGAAUUUCUACCCGACUAGAGUUUACAUUAUUUUAAUGCAAGCACAAUUGCUUGGUUUUUUGAACAACAAUAACAAAAAAGGGGAAAACAGAAGAGGCCAAAUUAUUGUAAGCUUCCUAUUUUUAGCUGUUUGUCAUUUGAGUUUAGUUUCGAAUCAAAUUAAUCUCACAGAUCCCCCUUAGCAUUUGAAUGAAUGUGACAGUAGGUGAGAGGUGGUCUUAAAAGACCGCCUUUCGUCACCAAUAAGGGGAACAGCAUGAAUCUGGAACUGUUCCAAGUUGCAUGCACAUUUUGUAAAACAAGACAGAUGAGAAAAAAGAGACUACAAUAAGUGUGUGUUAGUUCCACAAACUGUAGGCCAGCUUGUAUGUUGCAUGUACUUGUACAGUUUGCUUGUACUUGAUAUAAAUAGAUUAUCAAAUAAAAUUAAGCCAUUCAUUCCAUGUGUGGGCAUUUGGCCAGGUUCAGCCAUACACACAGGCCUUAUUUGGGGCUGAAUGUCUGUAAGAAGUUUUGAAAUUGUUUUAUUGUUUUUUACCCAAUGGAUGAAUAAAUGCUGUACUGUAGUACCGAUCAAACACAAGGCCCUGUUUUAUUGAAGAUAUUGGUGUUCACUGUAGUCUGUACUACUGUGGGACUAUAACUAAGGUAGAUAACGUGUAUAAAAAAUUUAGAGCUAUCUGUAUAUGGAGUAUGAUUAUACAAAACCACAAAGACUUAGAUAUAUAUCGAUAUUGAAAAAGAGUGUAUCAUCACUUGCAUACAUGCAUAUAUUGUAAAUAUGAGUCUGCAAAGUUUACUUAUAUUUACAAAGCUGCCCUGUUCAAGUUAAUGGAUCAGUGAUCUGUCUCUUGGUUCUGCUGAGCGGAAGAAGGGACGCGUCAAAAGUUAUUUUUAUUCGCUAAAUUAUGCCCACACUCACCAGAGAAAUUUGGACCUCUACUGACCUGUUGCUUUAUCAUAAAUGCUCAUGGUUCCUUGUUUCAUUGAGAAGUUUUCUUUUUAUGCCUGUCACGGCAGACUUAUUUACUUUGUCAGUAUUAUUCAAGAUACUGAUUGUUUACAGUUCAUGUGUUCCACUGAAACAAAAUUGAAAGUAUUCACUGCAACAUUACUUUGUACAGCAGACGUGGCUCAAAUAAUGUGUAUGUUUUAUAUUCAAGAGUUCAUUUUUAUUAUUUACAAAUAAAAGACUGUGUGGAAGAAA